AUGGUGUCCUCUGCGAGACCCCCGGAUUGGGAACACCGCAUCGCGACGGCACUGUCCAUCUUUUUCAGACUCUCGGCGUGCCGCCCAUCUUCAUCCUGUUGGGCUUCGCCCUGUUCUCUCCCCCUCCUCCUCCUCCUCCCCCUCACCACCCCGCCGGCGACCACCACGGCCCGCGGCAACGUGGAGAAGCCCAAGAAGGUCGCCGUGGUACCCCCCGUUGACACCCACGACAACCACGACCACGACAGCCACAAGAAACCCGCGACGAAGCCCAAGAACAGUGUGGACGACAAGGGGAAGGUGGUAACGGACGCCAACUGGUACACGUGGAAGUACCCGGCGCGGGCGCCCGACGCCGACGUGGACUCGGUCUACAAACAGUGCGGCUCGCUCAUUCCGCCCAAGGCCAACUGGUGGGGCGAUGAGGGAGACGAGGGGGAGGAGCGGCGGCAGAGGGCGGGCGGGCGCCGGCUGCCGCUGGUGCCCAUCGCCCAUCGCGAGGACCUGGGCUGCCUGGCCGAGCUCUACGGACUCAAGACCGGCGCCGAGCUCGGCGUGCAGGCAGGUCUGUUCGAAGGACAUCCUGGCGCGCUGGAAAAGCUGCGAGAAGAGCGCUACGACGACACCGCCAACGUGGACAACAAUAAGCAGGAGUCGCUCUUCCAAGCGACUAAGAAGCGUUUGGCGCAGCACGCCAACAUCACUGAGUUCAUGCGCAUGUACACGACCGAGGCGGCCAAGCUGGUGCCCGACGAUUCGCUCGACUUCAUCUACAUCGACGCGCGGCACGACUACUGCGGGGUGCGCGAGGACCUGCGCGAGUGGUGGCCCAAGCUGCGCAUGGGCGGCAUCCUCGCCGGCCACGACUACCUUUCGGCCGCCGAAGCCGCCAAGGGCGGCCAAUCGUGGCGUCAGUGCAUGGACGGGUCGGAGGGGAGCGGGGCGGUGAAGGGAGCGGUGAACGAGUUCGUGUUUGCCAACAACCUGCAGCUGUUGUCGACCUAUGACGGCCUGUGGUACUCGUGGUACCUCCAGAAGCUGCAGUAA